AAGGCGUUUAGGCUCUACAGCAGAUGUGUUUCUCCAUAUCUGAUAAGGCUGGAUAUAAAUUAGUUGCUCGGGACACAUUCAGGGAGUGAAUUUCUUUCGGACAGACUUAAACGCUGUGUUUGCGUUUCCAAAGAGAAGAGGCGGAAGGAGAUCUGGUCUGGACGUCAUGGCCUCUCGCAAAAAGGUGCUGCUUAAGGUGAUCAUCCUUGGUGAUUCUGGGGUUGGAAAGACUUCUUUAAUGAACCAGUAUGUUAAUAACAAGUUCAGCAACCAGUAUAAGGCCACGAUCGGUGCCGACUUUUUGACCAAAGAGGUGAUGGUGGACGACAGGCUGGUCACCAUGCAGAUUUGGGACACAGCCGGACAGGAGCGUUUUCAGUCUCUGGGCGUGGCGUUCUACAGGGGCGCCGACUGCUGCGUGCUGGUCUACGACGUCACAUCUCCAAACACCUUUAAGACUCUGGACAGCUGGAGGGACGAGUUCCUGAUCCAAGCAAGCCCUCGUGACCCUGAGAACUUCCCCUUCGUCGUGCUCGGAAACAAGAUCGACUUGGAGAACAGACAGGUUACUACAAAGCGAGCCCAGGCAUGGUGUCAAAGCAAGAACAGCAUCCCUUAUUUUGAGACCAGUGCCAAAGAAGCUAUCAACGUGGACCAGGCUUUCCAAACCAUUGCUCGUAAUGCACUCAAACAGGAGACCGAGGUGGAGCCGUACGAUUUUCCCGACCAGAUCAAGCUAAGAGACGACAGACCUGCCAGCUCGGAUGACAGCUGCAGCUGCUGAGGGAAGAGAAGAUGAAGCUGAUUGCAUGGAGGGAAAGUGAUGACGGUGAUCUAGCAGAGACUGAA